CUUACAAUUCUACUAAUCUAAGAUGUCUUCAUCAAUAUCUCGUAAUAAUUAUUAUUACUGCUUCUGUAGAGCUGUCCUAAUAACUUUGGCAGCCCUGCUUGUUAUAGGGUCUCCGUCGUCGGGGCAGCUCUCGAGCGGGUUUUAUUCGCGAUCAUGCCCGCAUCUCUUUUCGACAGUGAGGUCCGUUGUCCAGUCCGCCAUUCGGAAUGAGGCCCGUAUGGGCGCCUCCCUCGUUCGCCUCUUCUUCCACGACUGCUUCGUUGAUGGAUGCGACGGAUCGAUUCUCCUCGACGACACGUCGUCCUUCACCGGAGAGAAGACGGCGAUUCCCAACCGCAACUCCGCAAGGGGAUUCGACGUGAUCGACAACAUCAAGUCCGCCGUGGAACGGGUGUGUCCGGGAGUCGUGUCCUGCGCCGACAUCGUAGCCAUUGCUGCCCGCGACUCAACUGCCUUGCUCGGAGGGCCGAGCUGGGACGUAAAACUAGGCCGAAGAGACUCAACAACAGCCAGCAGAUCUGCUGCAAACAAUGGCAUCCCUCCCCCAACUUCAAAUCUAAAUGCCCUCAUUUCCCGAUUCAAUGCCCUCGGCCUAUCAACCACCGACUUAGUCGCCCUCUCCGGCUCCCACACCAUCGGGCAAGCACGAUGCACGAGCUUCAGGGCGCGGAUAUACAACGAGACCAGCAAUCUGGACAGCUCCCUAGCCCGGGCACGGCAGGGGAACUGCCCCCGGGCAGCUGGCUCGGGCGACAACAACUUGGCGCCGUUGGAUUUUCAGACACCCACGAGGUUCGACAACAGCUACUUCAAGAACCUUGUCGGGCAGCGCGGUUUGCUCCACUCGGACCAGCAGCUCUUCAACGGCGGGGGCGCCACCGACUCCAUUGUUAGGACAUAUAGCUCGAGCCCAAAUUCUUUCGCGUCGGAUUUUGUUGCCGCGAUGAUUAAGAUGGGCGAUAUCCAGCCCCUCACCGGCUCCAACGGCGAGGUCAGGAGAAACUGCAGAAGGGUCAAUUGAUAUAUCUAUCUAUCUAUAUAAUUGCAUUGUUGUGUUUAAUUUGGUUGAUCGAUAUGAUAGUUCCAUACAAUUAUAUAUAUAUAUAUAUUGUCUGGUCUUCUCAAGAAUAUUGUUAUGGUGAGUUAAUUUGUUCUGUUUAAGGCUGUUGUGAUUUGCAGUCUUGUGUUUUGUUUGAGGACUGUCUGUAUCCUUAUGUUUUUUUAAAUUUUCAGAAAUAUUUCGGGUCUUUAAUUUUUAU